UCCCCAUCUCCAGACAAAUCAGAUUCCUGUUCAAAAAAGACAAAUCAGAUUCGAUCUCCAUCUAUCUCUCACUUUGACCGAAAAAAUUUCAGAGCUUCGAUCAAGGCCAAGUACUCCGUCUGGAUCGCCGUUGAAGCUGGAAUCGUCUUUGCGAAACCAUCGAGAACGGUUCCCGACGCGUCUCGAAGAACUCCCGAGAUGAUGGCCCCUACCGUUGCUCCUUCCAUAAACGCUCCGUCGAUGUUGAUUUUUAAAGGAUCCGACCAAAUUGAGUUCAUCCAUGGACAAAGCAAGAAUAGAUGUUCCAUUAAUUCUGCCUCUUGAUUACAGAUUGGGCAUGCUGGCCGAGGUCAGUCUCAGUACCACCAAAGGGCCAACGAAGGAUCACAUUCCUUCUUCAGGCACACCCUAGCCCACACAAACGGCAAGAGAGAGACACUAAGCAGAGAAACUAAUGCUAUGCUGAGCUCAGAUGAAGGAAUGUCGUUAGGAAGCAAGUACCAAGUGUUUCUAAGCUUUAGAGGACCUGAUACUCGUAUUGGAUUCACUGACGUCUUAUUUCAUAGCUUGAACGACAGUGGAAUAUGCGUCUUCCGAGAUGAUGAAGAGGUUCGUGCCGGUGAAAGGAUUGAUGGAUCGCUUCAACGAGCGAUUGACAACUCCAGGAUCUACAUACCCGUCUUCUCUCGGACCUAUGCUUCGAGCCAAUGGUGCCUCCGCGAGCUCGUGCAAAUCGUGGCAAACACUUCCAUCUCAGAAGGUGAAAAAGAGAUCCUACCUAUUUUCUUCGAUGUGGAACCCGACGAUGUUAAGUUGAAAACUCCGUUGUAUCGUGAUGCCAUACUGAAUUUGGAGCACGAGAAGAAGUUGAGUACUGAGCAAGCAGAUGCUUGGAGAAAGGCUCUCAUGGAGGUUGAUGCGAUAAAGGGGUGGGAAGUGAAGAAGUACAAAGGCUAUGUCGAUGUGAUUAAAUUGGUAGUUGAGGAGGUUGUGAAAAAGCUGAAGAUAAAACAUAGAUCAGUGACUGAAAAUUUAGUUGGAAUUGAUGAUCGCGUGAUGGCGGUAAAUGAAUUGUUAGACGUUAAUUUUGGCGGUGUGCGGCUCAUUGGAAUUUAUGGCAUGGGAGGUAUCGGUAAAACGACUCUUGCCAAGGUGGUUUUCAACCAACUCUCUUUUCAUUUUGGAAAGUGGUGUUGUUUCCUUGAAAAUAUUCAAGCGAAGUCGUCAAGUACUAAUGGCUUAAUUGAGUUGCAAAAAAAAUUAUUAUCCGAAAUCGGCCAUCCUGAAAGAGCAAGGAGCAUUGACGAAAUUGAUUAUGGAACAAAGAGGAUUGAAGAAGCACUUAACAAUAAGAAAGUCCUCAUUGUACUUGAUGAUGUUGCCAACAACAAACAAGUGGAGGAAUUAGUUGGAAGGAGUAGUUUGUAUCCGGGAUCUCGAAUAUUGAUUACAACUAGGAAUAAAGAUGUUUUCCGAGUCAGAGACCAAACUGUCAAAUCUUAGAAUAUGAAAUGAAGGUGAUGAGUAGUGAUUAUGCACUUGAGCUUUUUAGUAGGCAUGCAUUUAACAAAGACUCUCCAUCUGAUGAUUACAAGGAACUUUCUAGGGAAAUCGUAUCCGCCACUGGGAGACUUCCGUUGGCAAUUGAAGUAAUUGGUUCAUUCCUCUUUGAGAGAAGGCAACAAAUAUGGAACGAAACAUUGGAUAAGUUAAGCAAAGCACCUCAUGAAGAUGUUUUUGGAAAGUUGAAGAUCAGUUAUGAUGCCUUAACUUUCGAGCAACAACAAAUUUUCCUCGAUGUUGCAUGCUUUUUCAUUGGUGAGCAUAUGAUGUAUCCAAUGUACAUGUGGAAAGAUUGUGAUUUUUUCCCAGAUACAGGACUUGAUGUCCUUGUUAGCAUGUCGUUGGUAAAGAUUGUGGAAAAUGCAUUUUGGAUGCACGAUCAACUCAGAGAUCUCGGAAGGGAAAUAGUUCGUCAAGAAAAUCCAGCAAAUCCUGGAGAGCGGAGUAGGAUAUGGAUUCACGAGGAGGUCCUGGAUGCAAUAAGAACAAAGGAGAUGAAGAAGAACGUUCAAGCACUGGAUCUUGAUCUAGGCGAUAAACCUAAGGUCGCUAUUAAAAGCGAAGAGAUUGGAAGAUUUGAACAUCUAAGGUACCUCAAAUUAGAUUCGGGAACCUUCAGCGGUAACUUACUGAAUAGUCUUACCAAUUUAAGGUGGAUUAUUUGGAGAAAUCCUCCUCACUUGUUUUUUAAGCCAGCCAAUAUUUGCUUAAAGAAUGUGGUCGUUCUUGAAUGUUCAAACGGUGCCUGCAUAGGUAAUUCGAAGCUACAGAGCUUAGUCAAGAUGGCAGGAAAAUUGAAAGUUCUUUCUCUUAAAGGGUGUCGCAACAUAAACAGAAUGCCAGACUUCUCCGGAUGCCCAAAUUUAGAGAGGCUUAUAAUCGAAUCAUGUGAUAAUUUGAGGAAAAUUGGUGGCUCUAUUGGAAAGUUGGAGUCUCUGAUUGAUCUGAAGAUUAGGUCUUGUCGUUCUCUUGAAGAUUUGCCUAGAGAGAUCGAGAACCUUGUGAAUUUGAAACACUUCUCUGUUAAAGAUUGUCCACUGACUCGAUUCCCAGAUUCCGUAUGGAAGUUGAAAUCAUUACGGGAGUUGCAUUUUAACGUUGGACUAAAUUCAUGGGCGUUACCUAGUCCUAUAAUGCCUCAGAAUCUAGAAGUGCUUCGAAUUAGUAGUUGGGGUUUAGAAGGUCGACUUCCUUCGGCAAUAGGAAGUUUGCCUAAUAUAAGAGUCCUAUGCUUGACGGGCACUUGCAUCAGUGAAGUUCCGGAGACAAUAAAUCUGCUUCCUUGCCUGCAAACUCUCGUGUUGAUGAGAUGUAAUGAGAUUCAAGAACUACCGACACUUCCUACAAGUUUGAAGAAUCUAAAAGUGUCAUCCAAUUCGUUACGGGUGAUCCCAGACCUUUCAAAUUUGACUAAUUUGGUUAUGUUGUACCUAUCUGAGAACUAUGGUGGGAGACAAGGAGGUAAAAUUUAUACCGGUGACUUAGGGUGGAUUGAGAGGUUAUCCAAACUGAAUCAGUUGACCUUGAGACUUCUCAAUGUCCCUGCUCCUUCUGAGUUGGGUUCCCUUUCUCAAUUAAAGGAACUGGAUUUGUCUGAUAUGGACUUUCGAACACUCACACGACUUCCAGUGUCUCUGCUAAAUUUAACCCUUAUUGGCUUCAAUUCAACCAUAUCACUCUCAUCCAAAUUAGAAAAUUUGUCAAGAUUAGAUCUCUUUGUGUGUCGAGUGCAAGAAAUUCAACUAAACGGGCUUCUACUUCAAAAUUUAGCAGAGUUGGUUUUGUUUGGCAGUAGAUCUCUUGAGAGAUUCGGGCUAUCAAACAUGAGGAAGCUCAAAACCGUCCGUAUACAAUCUUGCUCAAAGCUAGUUGAGAUCCAAUUUGCUGGGGUGUUUGAAUUAUUGGAACUAUUUUCCAUCGGAUCGUGCAAGUCCUUGGGAAGGCUAGCGUACGCGGGUGAAAUAGAGUCUGCUAAUGAGUUGAUUACUGAGGAAGGGACCCUAAUUCUUCUGUCAAGAGUAUUAUAUAAGUUGAGACAUUUCACCCUUCGGGCGUGCCCAAAGAUACUCCAAGUACAAGUACUUGGUGCAUCGGAAUUGUGGCUUUCAUUUGCGGUUGAUGAUUGUGAUUAUUUGCAAAGUGUUCGUGGUUUAUCACACUUAAAGAAGCUCGAGAGUCUACGCAUCGAGCACUGCAUUGAGCUACAGGUUAUCGAGGGCCUUGACGAGUUGGAGUUUUUGCGGAAGUUAGUAAUUCGUGACUGCCCACGAUUGAAAGGGUCGAUUAAUGUGUCAAACACCAAAUUGCCAGAUGAUUGCCACAUAUACAGCAGACACGGCCGGAAAUAUUUCGGGGCUAAUGAAAAUUUCGAUGGCUCUGUGCAGUCUUACAAGAAUUAUAAGUUUGAUGCUGUUGUGAUACCUUGGAUUGGAAUAGAUGCUUCGAUGCUGGAGUUAGAUCUCGUUGCAUAA